GCUUGCGACUGAGACCAGUCGGAAUCUACAGCCGCUAAAGCCAAAACGUGGAAAAAUCCGAAAUUUUCACUUGCAUUUCUCACUCACCGUUCGAACGGUGAACAUCUAAGAAAUUUUACACGAGAGUCCGUUAAGAAAAUUCAUCUAAGAUCGUGCGCAUCCUAACACGUUUAUCGGGAUUUGUUGGUGUUAUUGGUUCAGAUAUUUUACGAACAUUUUCUUCUGGAAAAGUGUUGAAAAGUGAAUGAGAAUUUUCUUGUAGUUUAAUAGACCUUCGAGUGCCAACUAGGAUAUAUGUAGUACGAGGAAGUUUAUGAUUGAUCUUUAAGAUAUGUUUGCAGAAAGCUAGAUAGUGGAUGUUACAGUGCAUUUCGGGGAAAAAGUUCAUACAGAUAUUGCUGGAAAAAUAUUCAGAGGUGUUAAGGAAUAACAGCAUCAUCAGAUAUAAAAAAUGACGACCUGUCGAAAUGUCUGUGGUGUUUUCUUGCCCGCGAUUUUCCUGGCUUUCUGGGCACAACGAACUCUUGCAGGUGACUCGAUUUUGGAGUUGAUGAACAUUCGAGCUAUUGAACAGUUGCUCAAUGAAAGACGAAUGAAUGGCAGUCAAGAUGAUGGGGGUGGACAGUUUAUAAUUCAGAAUGAUCUGGAGGAAGACUUUACGGAGUCAACUGAAGCCUACAGACAUAGGCAUCGGCCUCCUCAGUAUGCAGUUGAUUACACAUAUAACGGGGGCCCCGCCAACAGGAGGAAUUCCAAUGGAAUAAUGAUUUAUAACGACAGCCUAAGGACGUCAACCUUGAACUCAGAUGUCUUGGCUGAUCUGCAGGCAUUGCGGAGUGACAAGAUAUUGAAGUCGAGUAAGAACGCUCUGUAUGUUACCAGAAAGGAAUACCUGAAGAAGGAUUGGUGCAAAACCGAGCCACUAAUUCAACGAAUUCGCGAAACUGGGUGUAUCACGAGAACCAUAAUUAAUCGGUUCUGCUAUGGACAGUGUAAUUCGUUUUACAUUCCGAAAAGCCCAAAAAGGAAACGUCCAACUGGAGGUCGGCAAUCAACAACGAGCUUGCCGGAGGAAUUCGAAGACGAGGAUCUUACAGGAGCUGCAUUUCGGUCAUGUGGAUUUUGUCGACCCAAGAAAUUCACGUGGAUGACGGUGACGCUUAAGUGUCCUUCGAUGGUACCGCAGUUGCGGAAAAAACGAGUUCAGCGAAUAAAACAAUGCAAGUGCAUGCCAGAGCCACUCUCCUAAAUUUUAAACAAUCUUCAAAUUUCCAUUUGGAUCAGGAUCAAAAGGAUUGAGCUGGGUUUGGAAUUGUGAAGGUUUUUUUCAGUUCAGCAAGGAUAACGAGUUUUAGUAGCUCGUCCGUGAGAUGCCCACUUCGAUAGGAGCCUACCAAUGAAAAGAUACAUUUUUUGAUCCUAAUCCUGAUCGAAUAUCCAUAUGAAUGCUUUUAACAACACAUUCGCGUAACAGCAGUAUUGUGGUCCUUCCACACACACACAAAUACACAUACCCACAUAAGCAAGAGUAUAAUGAUCUGUGAUUUAUUCAAAUUAUUAUAUACAAUUAAAAUAACAUUUUGCAUUAGAAUAAGGCUAGGAUAGGAUAGGAUAACGAAAAGGACGAGACAGUAUGAUGCCGCUUAAGGGCGGCCCAAAAGUAUGUACCUGUGGGAACGAUGGUUGAAUGGAUGAAAACUACGCGGACCUUUUCAGAAUAUAGCAAGGUCUUUGUGUCUUUGAGGAGGAGAACUCAAAAACGCUUUCGCAUAACAAUUCCCUGGUUGAGAUAUUUAGAUAUUAUGAUAUUAUAUACGAGACGAUCUAAGAUUGAUUGUUCCUUGACGAAUUUAAAGCAAUCAAUCUGAAUUUCUGAAAAUAUUAUGCUACAGGUAUUAGCGAAUACUCAAACUAACCAUGAUUUAUAAUGCUUUAAUUACUAAGUUUUUAUAGCUAAAAUUAAAAGAUACUUUUAACCUAUUCAGUCACGAAAUCGCUAUUGAGCAUUCUUAGGAGUAGCGUUACCAUUUAUUGUUAGUAUCCCUGCGAAAGUGAGAUUCAUGACAAUAUAAUCUGAUUUGGAUAAGCAAGAAAUAUUCUGCCAAUUAUGGUAUUCCACUAAUUUACGUUCUUGGAAAAGAUAUAUUAUAUAUAUAUGUACAUGUUUAUAAAUACAUAAUAAAUGGAUAACAUGAUGUAAUUAUUUUUAUGACGUUUUGGGAAACAAUUUUGUCAGUACUACAUUAUAGAGUAGUUUUACGGAGCUGUAACUUUCUUUGUUUUUUGUAUUUAUAAAAAAAAAUGUAUUAAUAUGAAUGUUGAAUAGAUUCGAGACAAAGAGAAAAUAAAGUUAUUCGAAUGAAAAUA